AUGUGUGAGAUGAGGAAAUUCAAUAUGAAUCAUGUAGAGCUCUCUCAUAGCCUGAACAGUCAAGUUUUCGUGAGUGUGAAGGUACCUAUGUUGUAUUUGAGCUUUUAUGGGGAUCGGUUUGGAGCAGAGAACAUAAUUAUGAUUAAGGACAGUAACACAGUUGAUAUUACAAAACUUUGCUCAGACAAGGCCUACAUCCAGAUCACCUACGUUGAACCUCACUUUGAUGAAUAUGAAUAUAGAGAUCGAGUGACUUCAUUUGAGAAGAACUAUAAUAUCAAGAGAUUCAUAUUCUCAACACCUUUUACACCUGACGGAAGAGCUCACGGAGAUCUUAAUGAACAGUACAAACGUAAAACCAUUCUAACAACGAACCAUACAUUCCCUUAUGUUAAGACUAGAAUCCAAGUUGUGGACAGAAUGUCGUGGGUGCUGACUCCAAUUGAAGUGGCUAUUGAAGAUAUCCAAAAGAAGACCAAAGAAUUAGCAGCAGCCAUCAAUCAGGAUCCUCCAGAUCACAAGAUAUUGCAGAUGGUAUUGCAGAGAAAGUUAACCAUUGGUAUGCAGAGGUUACUACCCUUGCGCGAGCACCUCAAGGGCGCGUGUAUAAAGGAAAGGAAGGGCGUGUGA